GCUUCGUCAUGACGGUGACACCGCCCGCGCGCCGUUAAAAAAAAAAUAACAAAAACCCGUGAAGCAUGGCGCGCGACUCGGGCACCUUUUGUUCCUUUACCGGAAACCCUGGAGCGCGACGGGAAUAAAAAUGGAGCGGUAGGGGGACAAGACGAUGCGCGAUUAACGCGCGCGUCCACCUGCUGCUACACACACACACACACACACACACAUAUAUAUAUAUACACCGCAGGAGUGUUUGCUCGUGCGCGCACGAGAGAGAGAGAGAGAGAGAGCCCGUGGGGAAGAGAUAAACAUGCUAACAGGCGAAGCGCAGAGCGAGAGGAAGGAGUCCAUUUAACGGGGAGGACAGAGCGAACCCGAGACGGGAAGAUCGGACAGUAAGAAUGAUGUUUGUGCAGUGCAGACUUCCUCCAGAUUGAUGGAUGUCCUACAGGAGUUGCGAUUCGCAGGGCACGAGCGCUGCCCCAGUCCUCCUAACGCCACAGACAAUGACUCACACGAUCCUCUCUCUGACAAGUCGCAUGUUCUGACGCACUGUGACUCCACCGAACCUCCUCUUCUGUCCCCACCGACUCUUGAUUCCUCCAGUCAGACAGCUGAAGUUCCCUUCAGUGUGACAGACCUGCACGAUGACUCCGUCUCCAAAGCGACCUCUCUCUCCUCACUCUCUUCAUUCUCUUCUCUCUCCUCCCUCUCCUCUCUCACUUGCUCCAAGCCCGUGAGUCCCUGGUCCGUGCCUCAGAGCUGUGAUAGGUCAGCCCUUUCCAGCAUGGAUUCUGGGGGAGGAGACUGCAUAAGUUGUCUACUUCCUAAGAACCAAUCAUGUGAGUCCGUUCUUGGGUUAACCUCUGAUUUCCAGUCCUGCCCUUCCUCCAACAUCAGCAUGCAGUGCCUCAGCUCUGCCACCACUACUGGCCGCUAUGGUGACCAAGUGCUAUCUGAUCAGUUGCUCAGUGGCCCCACCCAUCCAGCUGGAGUUAAUGAAAAUGCAGAAGAAGGCAAGUCAAUGCGAGAGAGCGAAUCAGAUGAUGAUCCAACCUCUAGGAGUAUAUAUGAGAGCUUGGGGGAGGAGGCUCAGGACUGGAGCUGCCUGGAGUCCUUGAUCAGCGAGAGCCGAAUGGAACUGUUAGACUUGUGCGCUCGCAGUGAGCUGGCUGUCAAUCUGUUUUGUGAGGAAGAUGUGGAAAACUACAUGUUCCAGGAUGAAGAGUCAAACCUGGGCACUGACGUUUGUUCACUCAAAAUUCGCUACGAGUCCUACCCGGAUGUGGCACAAGAACGGACUGAGGUCCCCCUGCAAGAUGAAUCUCAACUAGGCUUUUUUCCCACUCUACCUUGUAGCAGAACGGAAAGUUUGCAAAACAAGACAGACCAAUCAAGCGAGGACAAGGCAGAGGCCCCGACAACCCCCAACAGCAAUUUUCUUUUUGACCUCAGUAACUCACCAGAGGAUUCUGGCGAGUUCAGUGAUGACAGCUACUGCACAGGCUCGUCCCCUGACACCUGGCAAGCUCAGCAGCCCCAUGGGCAACUGUCCAGGGAGAAUUCUAGUUCCUCCAGCCAACUCAGUUACCGUCUUCGUGCUAAGAGGAAGGUUGCUUUCCGAGAAGACUACCUAUAUGACGUGGACUCCAUAGAGAGUGAGAGGAAUGCAGAAAAGCGCAAGAAGCUGUCAGUUGGACCGAAGAAAGAGUGGGACGAUGACUGGUGCCCAAAGAAGCGGCGCCGGUCAUGUCGAAAGGAGCCGCCGGUCAUCAUUAAAUACAUCAUCAUCAACCGCUUUAAAGGUGAGAAGCACAUGCAGGUGAAGUUGAGUCGAGUGGAACCUUCAGUCUCAAUGGUGAAUCUGAAUCCAGAUACCUUACUGCACUAUGAAAAACUGGCACCUCUGAAGGCCUACUGGCAGAAGAAGGAAAAGGAACAGCAGGAGCAGAAUUCCUUAGCAGCUGCAGAGAAAACCAAACGCCUCAAUGGCUGCAAAAGGCCACCGAGCACUACCCCUAAACGUAAACAAAGGAGUGCGAGACUCAGGAUUCAACGGAUACCUGCUGUAGAGACUCCAAUUCCCAGCCAAACUGCUGCUGCCUUGUGUAACAAUCAACAAGAAAUGGCUGACUCAGUAAAAAGCACAGAAGACCUACAAGGGGCCCCAACACAUGAUGCCUUGGAAAAAGUAGAGACAGGUAAAAUUACACACCCAGCCAGGGCUAAGAGCAGAACUCAAGAGAGAGAGGAGAGGAGAAAACUAGAUAAGACAGUGAAGAUAAAGAAAUUCAAAAGUGAAGCCAGACUGAGGGCUAAAAAGCUACAGGAAGCACAGAAAGAGGAAAACCCCACUGCCUCUGAACUUACAGUCUUAAGUUCUUGUUUACCUGAAAACCUUAGUGACUCUUUGGAAAGUAAUCUUCUCACAAACGAGACCUCGGUUGAAAAAUGCACUUUGACUCCCACUGCCCCCGAGACUAAUGAGAAUGUGGACCUCCUGCCUGGUGGAUAUCUACAGACUCUUCUGGAAGCUUCUAAUUCUUCCAGCAGUGCCAAUGUCGCAUAUUUUUCUACAGACCAGCAGCAGACAGGGUUGCUACCAGUUGAAGCCCCUCUGCAACCAGUUCAAACUUGUGUACUCUCUCCUCCCUCAGAAUCUGAGCUCCCACACUCACCCCACCCUCUCAAUCACAUCCCACGCCCCACAUCAUUCCCCGAGACCGACCACCCUGAACAAAGCUACCCUGUUAACUGGCCUUCACAACCCACGGCUGAGCAACUUUCAUUCUCUCCCGACAUCCCAACUCAGUCCCCAGUCAUGCCGUCAGGCUUUCCCAGGCCAAUGCCUGUACUAGCAGGGGAUGGCACAACAGUGACAGGGUAUAGCCAGGUACCACUGGGUACCUGCAGGAUGGCAUUCGAAGAGCCACUCCUGCCAGAACCCCACUCGGAUAAUGAUUAUGGGCGUAGUCCGGUGGGAUCACGAGUUGAAAACGGCAUGGGCCGACUCGUCAGCUUUAACUCUCUGGGAUCUCUUUCCGCAGCUUCAAGUAACUAUAGUUCUCUUAGCCUGAGAGAUGGAGAAAGAGAAGAGGAGAUGAGCGAGAUCAGUGAUGGUUUCCUUUCACAUUGCAGUCCUCAGCUAGUUCUACAGCAGAGCCUUGAAGAGAUUACUCCACUUCGAGAGUCCACUGACUUGCUUGAUAUAUCAAACUUCACCCCUGACAAGUUCCGGCAUUCCUCCUUGUCCGAAAUGUCCCCACCUGACACACCUAGCCCCUCACCACAGCUGCUGGGAAACUGUGGCAAAGGGGGAGGGUUUCUAGAAGCAGCAGGGGCUAAUGUGAGGUGGAGCUGCAGCACUGUUCCUCAAGUGGAGCAAGAUGCAUCACAAAACACACACGUCUUACAAACCUUCACUGCGGAGGAGGAUGAAGAAGGGCUUCAAGGUGUUAAGAGGUCUAAAAAGAAGGGAGGGAAGAACGGGCAAAGCACCAAAAAGACCAAAACUCCCAAAGCAGCUAAAGGUGAGCGGGUCAAGGUCCCAAAACAGGGUUCACAUUCUGCUAAGAAAAUCAAGGCAUUACUAGAGGGGAAAGCAGCUAAAGGGGAGAGGAAAUUAGAUAGCGGCGCUCCAUCUCCGACCCCCUCCCUGAACAUGAUCGGGGCUCAGGGGGACUGGCCGAAUGCUGGAGCUCUAUCAGAUGAUGAUCAGGGUGAGUUCCAAGAGCCGUCAAACAUCCUGUCCAAUAUAGUCUCUGGCAUGGCAGAGGUGCAACGCUUCAUGCGGGCUUCAGUGGAACCACUUUGGGGGCCUUGUCUGUCGCCAGGGCAGCACACUCUCCAAAGCCAAACACUGAAAAUACUUGGUAGCAGUGCUGACCUUAAGAAACGGGGCAGUGCAUCGGGGGCAAGUAAGGGGAAGAAAGGGACAGGGCGUGAUGGUAAGACCUCAUCAAAACUUCUUGCACCUGGCUUCUUCCCUCCUAUCGGUUUGGAUUGCCUUCCACUUCCUCACCGGCCUGCUCACAAAAAGAUGUACCGCCACAAAAGCACCACAAAGUUUGCCCGUGACGAACUUUUAUCGGGUAAAAGGGACAUUAAAGGAGUUGCACUGGCAGCUUUGGUAGAGAAACAGAGGUAAUAUUUUCUCUUUGCAAAGUACCCAUGUCAGUCCUUGUUUCCUGUCAAAUCCUUCUGAGCCGCCACCCCUACACAAAUUUCAGAGCUGCAUGGCACUGAUUUUACCCACAGUCCUUUGCCUGCCCCACAGGAAAGUGGGUACACCCUGCAUGACAGCCCUGCGAAGCUACCUACUGACUAAGUGGAGUCACUGUAUCACAGCUGCAUCUAUUUGCCAUUUGCUGCUUUGUUG